AUGCCAGUGAGACAAGGCGCACACAGCGGAACGUCCAAGCCAUCACUUAUAGAGGAGUUAUUGGACCUACAAAUCCCACACGAUAUCCGUCUUUCACCAAACAGCCAACAGGUCGUCUACUCCACAAACCUAACUUGGGGCCACAAACGAGCCGACUGCGAGCACGCUGAAUCGACACUUUGGCUUGCAGAGACUGGUAAGGAGCAUUCAUCGAGGCCGUUGACGGAGGGCGACUACGAUGACCGCGAUCCCAAAUGGUGUUCUGGCGGCAAAAGUAUCGCUUUCCUUUCGGACCGUGGCAAACGUGGCGAGAGUUGCGCUAUCUACAUGUUGGACGUUGAUGGGAACGGGCAGCCAGCACCACUCACGCCUGCUGGGAACGAGCGCCAGAUUGAGAAAUUCGAGUUGUCGCCUGACAAGAAAACUAUUGCCUACCUUUCUUCCGACGAAAAGACACAGGAGGAACGAGAGAGAGAAGAGAAAAAGGACGAUGCCAAUGUCUGGGGUGAGCACUGGCCUUUCAAUCGACUUCGGCUCAUCAACGUCGCCAGCAAGGAAGUCACUGUGUUGGUCAGCAAGGACGCGCAUAUUGUUGACUUCGCGUUCAACGACGAGGGGACGCAAAUCGUGAUGGCGGAGGCGCAGACUCCGGAUAUAGAGAGUCGCUUUCUGCAGGGCACAACUUUCUCUGUUGUGGAUGUAACGACAGGAUCUCUGCUGCCACUCUGUCGCUUUCCCCAAUACACUGCGGGUUUGGCUUGGGCAGGUGACACCAUAUUUCUCGUUGGCAUGGUGGCCGAGACCAUGUUCAACUCGGCAUUGUGUGUUUGGAAAAUUAAUAUUGCAGCCGUGGCGGAGGCCGGAAAGGCCAGGUACGAGCGUUACGCAUACGGCGAGUCGAAUGACUGCAUGCAACUGCGCAAGAUUGGCGGUGAUGUGAUCGCAUUGGUCGAAGAGGGUAUGGAGGACCAGCUCCGGGUUCUUGAUGGUCACACUCUGUUCGCCCGGAAACGCGAGAUCGAAGCUUGGGAUGCCGCGUUCCCAUCUGACAGCGAUGAAGUCGUCCUCGCCCUUGCGCAGAGCGCUGUAAACCAACCAACGGAAGUCUACUCGACAACCGCAUCGGGCGGUGCGAUGGUGCAGCUUUCUUCUCACGGCCAGCGCCUUUCACACCAGCAAUUCGGCACGUGCACCUUCAUCUCCUGCCCCUCGCUUGACGGGAAAGUGACGCUAGAGUGUCCUCUCCUCCUGCCCAGCUCCAUUUCACAGCAGCACUUGCCAACCGUAGUGCUGCCACACGGCGGGCCGUACUACCGCCACACCGAGACCUUUGACGGCUACUACAUGAUGUGGGCACCCUUUCUACUAGCCCACGGGUACGCUGUGCUUCUUGCCGACUACCGUGGCAGCGACGGACGUGGCGAAAAGUGGGCCGCGUACGCCCGUGGAACCGGCAAAGCGGACUAUGAAGACGUUAUCGCUCAGACCAACCGUGCCGUCGAGCUCGGCUACGCAGAUCCGGAGCGCUUGGCGGUUGGCGGCUGGAGCUCCGGUGGCUUUCUCACCAAUCUUGCCGCCGUCCGAAACGGUACGCAUGGGCUUGGUUGGAAGUACAAAGCUGCAAUACCGGGGGCUGGAAUCUGCGACCAGGAUGCCAUGACAUUCAUGUCAGAUGUCGGGUGCUGGCAAGCUGAGUUAGCCGGCGCCGGCAGGCCAUGGCAGCUUCCGAAGUCAAAUGUGCGUAACCGGCAAGGAAGCGCGAUAUGGGAGUUCCACGAGGCGCUUAAAGCUGGGGUGGAGAUUCCGCCACUGCUGAUACUACACGGCGAGAUGGAUGACCGCAUACCCAUCGGGCAGGCUGUGGCAAUGCGCAGAGCGAUGAUUGAUGCAGGCUUGCCGUUCGAAUUCGUGAGCUAUCCACGAGAACGUCAUUACCUCCUGGAAAGGAGACAUCAGGUGGACUGUGCCGAAAGGGUGCUGCGCUGGGUUGACAGAUGGAUCGGCAAGCCAUGA